AUGUCUACCAUAGAAAAUGACCAAAUCAUCGACGAAUCAAACCAUACAGAAACAGAACGAAAGGAAGAGAAAAACGACGACGACGAAGAAGAAGAUUUAUCGAAGCUUCUCCUCCCCGAUGUUCAGAAUCUUCCCCUCAUUCCUCUUUCCGCCGUUGAAACCAAUUUCGUCACUUACUUCGCUCUAGAUUUUACUAAACCAGCUCAUGAUCAAUACAUUUAUCGCCACGCCAAUGGGUUGUGUGUAAUUGGCUUGGCUCCUUCCCAUAUUGCUUUUAAGGAUGAAGGUGGAAUCACAGCCAUAGAUUUCAAUGUUGGAAAGUCUGAUCGCAGCGGGGUCAAGGUUACCGGGAAGCGGAAGAAGAAUGCGCAACACUUUGAGGCCAAUACAGCAUUAUGCAAAGUUUCUACCAAGAAGGAUUCUUAUAUUGUGAGGUGUUGUGUCAAAGGAUCCCUUUUGGAAGUCAAUCAACAAUUAGUCACCCAUCCAGAAUUGCUUAAUGUUUCGGCUAACAGAGAAGGAUACAUUGCUAUUAUGAUGCCAAGACCAGCUGAUUGGCUCAAGGUCAAGGCUUCUCUUGUUAGCCUUCAGGAGUACAAGAAAAUGAGGGAAGUUAGUUGUGAUACAAAGCUCGAUGUGCCUUGUGACAUCUUAAAAGAGACACUGUAA